AAUACGAGAACCUAUAAAGCAGGAAGAUUUAUCACAACUAAGUUAGUCCCUGUUUCAAAGUCAAACCGGUAACAGGUUUAGGCACCGUCCAGAUACAAAGCCAAACCGCGAUUUUCAUCUAGACGUCGUCAUGUCGGUGCUUCAAGAUUCUCCCAACGCAGUCCUGGAUAAAACCAUAGUGAACCGAUAUCUUGACUUGCCUCAGCCAGAUGACAAAGUUUUGGUACGAUACAUCUGGAUAGAUGGUACCGGAGAAGCCUUGCGCAGUAAAACCCGAACCCUCGAUUUCAUCCCAAAGGACCCUAAAGAUUGCCCAACGUGGACGUACGAUGGUAGCUCCACGUACCAGGCCGAUGGGGCUGACAGCGAUAUUUAUUUGUACCCUGCUGCUCUGUAUGACGAUCCCUUUCAGAGGGGCAAUAACAAGUUGUUGCUAUGUGAAACCUAUUUGCCGAAUAAAAGACCGACCAAAACCAACAAGCGAUGUCUGGCCAAUGAAGCCAUGGAAGCUGUAAAAGACUUGGAGCCUUGGUUCGGGAUCGAGCAAGAGUACACCCUCCUGGACAUGGACGGUAGGCCUUUUGGCUGGCCUAAAAACGGAUUUCCAGGACCCCAGGGUCCUUAUUAUUGCGGAGUAGGUGCCGAUAAGGUGACCGCCCGCGAAAUCGUGGAGUCACAUUACAGGGCAUGCCUUUAUGCCGGGGUCAAGAUCGCUGGAACGAAUGCAGAGGUCAUGCCGUCCCAGUGGGAAUUCCAGGUCGGCCCUUGCACGGGAAUCGCAGCCGGAGACGACCUCUGGAUGGCUAGAUUCCUGCUGCAUAGAAUAGCCGAAGAGUACGGAGUAGUCGUGACCCUUGACCCGAAGCCCGUUAACGGGCCCUGGAACGGAGCAGGAGCUCACACGAAUUUUUCGACCAAGCCCAUGCGCCAGGAGAAUGGGAUCGCUGAAAUCGAACUUGCUAUCGAGAGACUCAGCUUGAAGCAUGCCAAACAUAUCCAAGCUUACGAUCCUCAUGGUGGAAAGGACAACGAACGUAGAUUGACCGGCCUAUGUGAAACCAGCUCUAUCAACGACUUCAGCGCGAGUGUUGCUAAUAGAAACGUUAGCAUUCGCAUUCCUCGAAACGUUGCUGAGGAUAAGAAGGGUUAUCUCGAAGACAGAAGACCCAGCAGCAAUUGUGACCCGUACUCCGUCUGUGAAGCUCUUGUGCGAACAUGCAUUCUCAAUGAAUAAUACUAAUUUGUCCUUAUUCUUUUCAAUUUAUCAGUAUAGUCUCCAAGGAAUAUGAAGCUUCGCAUUUAGAGAUCAAUUCGGUUGUGUUAGGGUGCUGAAAAUGCAUUUCACAUUGUAAAUGCUAUCAGCUUGAACGGGCAUAUCUUGACAAUACUUGUUGUCCUUGUUUGAGAGUUGGAUUUAAGCUUCGCUUUAUCGUAACAAUCCAGACCGUAACUUAGAUCUACUAUGCUUGUAUUGGCUGAUGCGGAAAAAAUAUAAUUAACAAUAAAAAGAGCUUGCUUGAAAAAAAUA